GGUUAGCGGUUGCCAUGGCUCGCGGUUCCUGUCAGACCGAUUGACGUCACUGGGGGCCGCUGAUUGGCUUCGCGUUGUUUCCGGUGAGGGGAGAGGAAGAGACGGAGCUGGGCCCAAGGCUGCGGGGAGAGACCGGGGGGACACAGCCGGGAGCCCGGGGACACGUAGCUGACACAACCCAUUAUUGGGACUGCAGAUAGAGCAAUGGCGUCUGGCAGCACCAGCAGUGAGGAGGACCGCAGCCUCCGGGAGUGUGAGCAGUAUGUGCAGAAACACAAUAUACAGCAGCUCCUCAAGGACUGCAUUGUGCAGCUGUGCACUGUUCGGCCCGCCUGCCCCAUGGCGUACCUCAGGGAGUACUUCGAGAGGCUUGAGAAGGAGGAAACGCGUCAGACCUUAAACCAACAGAAAUCUGGCUCCCGUUCUGAUUCUCGUGAGGAUGAGAUUUCCCCUCCCCCACACAUGAAUUCUGUUGUUAAAGGCAGGAGACGUCGGGGUGCAAUCAGUGCUGAGGUGUAUACGGAGGAGGAUGCUGCAUCAUACGUCCGUAAGGUUAUCCCUAAAGAUUACAAAACUAUGGCGGCUUUGGCUAAAGCCAUUGAAAAGAAUGUUCUGUUUGCCCACCUGGAUGAUAAUGAAAGAAGUGAUAUCUUUGAUGCAAUGUUUUCAGUUACAUACAUCGCAGGAGAGACUGUCAUACAGCAAGGUGAUGAAGGCGAUAACUUCUAUGUUGUUGACCAGGGUGAAAUGGAUGUGUAUGUGAACAAUGAUUGGAUGACUAGCAUUGGAGAGGGAGGAAGCUUUGGGGAGCUGGCUCUGAUAUAUGGGACUCCUAGAGCUGCAACUGUGAAAGCCAAAACUAAUGUGAAGCUGUGGGGGAUAGACCGUGACAGUUACAGGAGAAUCCUUAUGGGAAGUACACUAAGGAAGAGGAAGAUGUAUGAAGAGUUCCUGAGCAAGGUGUCUAUUCUAGAAUCACUGGAUAAGUGGGAGCGCCUGACUGUGGCCGAUGCCCUGGAACCUGUACAGUUUGAGGAUGGACAGAAAAUCGUGGUGCAGGGAGAGCCCGGAGACGAAUUCUUCAUCAUUCUAGAGGGGUCAGCCGCGGUGUUGCAGCGUCGCUCGGAAAAUGAAGAAUUUGUAGAGGUUGGUCGUUUGGGUCCCUCCGAUUACUUUGGUGAAAUUGCCCUGCUGAUGAACAGGCCCCGUGCAGCCACCGUGGUAGCCCGUGGGCCCCUUAAGUGUGUCAAACUUGACCGCCCACGUUUCGAGCGAGUCUUGGGGCCCUGCUCUGAUAUCCUGAAACGGAACAUCCAGCAGUACAACAGCUUUGUGUCACUGUCUGUCUGAGUAGCCUUCCCAAGCCAUAUUGGGACCCCCGUAUCUCCUCUACUCAAGUUAAACCACACGGCUUCUCCUCCACACAUCGCUUUCCUUCACAGCGGAACAGCACCUGCCAAAAGCUUGACAUUGUCGACUUUUUAUUGUUUGAGGAACUAUUUUUGUAUUUUCCACAUUUCUCACAUCUGUCGCUGCCACAGAAGACUGUGUCUCUCUCUCUCUCUCUCUCUCUCUCUCUCUCUCUCUCUGGAAACGAAAAUGCAUCCCACACAGAGCUGAAGUGAGUGCGCUAACAGGGGCUUAAGUCUUGGUGAUUGUGUGUGUGAUCCAGUUCCAGCCUCAUAGCUCAGGGUAGGAAUCUGUCCUUUCACUCAGCACUGUGAUUUCUAUGGCACAUCCCACCAUUCAUAGUUAUGCCACACACUCCCGUUCUUGAUUUCCUAAAGCAUUUCAGGCAUUAUUUUUGCCCAAUUUACAAAGCUAUAGCUGUCCAGCUGUGACUCUUUUACUCUCGGCUUUGAACGAUUAAAUUGAAAGGUCUUUCUACUUCUGGGUUUGAUUCCCUGCUAUAAUAUUUAGGGGAAAAUCUGAUUUUAAAGUGAUCUCCAAAGUCCAAAGAUGCAACCGAAUAAAGUAUGUGACACCACAAUCACCACUCUUUACCCCAUGAUACAAUCACAUAGCCACUGCCACUUCUCUCUUGUGUGACGUACAUGCUGUGUUAUUCUUUUUUAAAGCAUUGCUUCUGCCUCCAAGCAGGGAGCUGUUGCAUUUGGGGGGGGGAGCUGUUUAUAAGUGUAGACGCUAUGGUUAUUCUGAAUUUGUGCGUUUCUUCUGAUCACUGUUUAAGGUUGUUUUGCACCUACAGCCUUGCAGCUCUCUGUUUCAUCGUUCCGACAUGUCCGUGUGGGAAAAACGUCACAAGACAACUUAAAGGUUACAGUCUAGUGUCUUGUCUGCUGAAACCAAGCUUUCUAGGUUAACAAAUGAUUUUUGGAAUCAACGCAGCCGCUGAGCAGAAAUGGGCAUUUGCACUAUACUGUGCCUGUGGUUGGUAAGGCUGCCAUUGUGCUGGGAAUCUUUAUGUACAAAUAGUUCCUGCAGUGGGGUUUAUCCCACCAUGUUACACACAGAUUUUGCUUUAUCCUCCGAGAUUUUAGGUACUCGCUGCUUUUCACGUUUGGAGCUGUAAGGAAUCAUUAGCACGAUCUCCUGGUUUCUUUUUAGCGCCCUCUAGCUGUCAGUAAAGAAAAGCAUUUUACAGUUGAGCUCAAGAAGUGACGCGUAGUUAUCCCUGACUAUGGCAUAAACACGCCAUGUAGUAUUUCUGGUUUAGUUCACGGAAUUUGUUCCCCAGAGAGUCUCCGGGAGUAGAGUAUCAAUAGGUUCUGUUUUUAAUGAUUCAAAUAAAAGCUGUAUUUUAAUUAAUAGGAUUGCCAUGUGAGGCUUUUAAUCUCAGAUCUCCAGCCGGGGGCGCUGUAGUGGCCAUUGUGUUGAUUCCUCAUAGAUUCUGCUGUCUCGUCUGCAUUUUAUAGUCCUGUUAAUUCUCACACACAGUUUUAGCUUUGCCUUUAUUCUUGUAGCAGCGGCGAUAAGAUACAUACGAAUAACACAGCUUUAUUUUCCUGUGUGCGCGCGUGUGAAAAUCUAAAGAUGUUUUGAAAAUCACAAAUCUGUAUAGUUAUAUUUUUUGCCUUUUGCUUCCACAAGCCCCCCCCAUGCGAUUUCUCAGUUCUUGUGUCCUAGAGUCACAGUAUAGUCAAAGAGAGGACCAUUUUUGUAUUGUAACCUGACUAUAUCAGUCUCAUUACUGUAUGUGCUAAAAUAUAUAUAUAAAUAAAUAUAUAUUCCUUUUGUUAUAGAUCUCUCCUAAAUGCAGGUCGAGCAAUAAAAAUGAUUUUAAUUCUUAAA